AUGGAGUACUCCUUUGCCCGAGGCGUCUCCCUCCCCGGGAUGCGGCACGGUGCCAUGCGCACGAGGGCGAAUCUUCGGGUCGUGCCAGCGGCGAGGCCGGUCUCGGUGGGCGCAACCAGGAGGAUGCUCGGCUCAGCCAUACACGGCAGCGCCGGGGCGGCGGCGUUGCGCGCGGAUGACGCGGAGGUGGCCGUGCGCGUCGCCUACGAGCUGCUGCUGGCCGGCCACCGCUAUCUCGACCUCAGGAACGAGGGUGAGUUCGGCGGCGGCCAUCCGGCAAGGGCGGUGAACGUCCCCUACACGUACAGCACCGGCUCAGGAAUGACGAAGAACCCGCACUUUGUCCAGCAAGUGUCGGCGAUCUUUGGCAGGGAUGACGAGAUCAUCAUCGGAUGCCGAAGUGGCAAGAGGUCUCUCAUGGCAGCAGCCGAACUCUGUUCCGCUGGCUUCACUGCAGUGACCGACAUCGCCGGAGGGUUCUCGACCUGGAGGGAGAACGGACUGCCGGUCAAUGGACGGUGA